CGGGGAAAUUAUGGAAUCAGGCAAGAACAUAUCUUAUGGAUCAGCUAAGGAAGGGGAUAGCAAUAAUCUCCCAUAGUCAGACUUAAUGGUAUUUCCUUCUUUUUCAGGGGACGGCAGUGGCUCGGCCAAGAAUGAGCAAGUAGUAUUCAAAUCAUCUUGACCGUUAGGUGACGCAUAGUAUGUGCCACCUCAACCCAGAUGGUUUCGGGCUGCAGCAUUGCCAGUGUUCAUAGUCGAACAAAGGUAGUCAACGGAUGGCUUACGCUGCACGAGCUCUGACUCUGAUCGUGCAGUUCUGGGAGCUUACCAACGUCCGUAGGCCGAAAAAUAUCCUCCCAUGUUCCCGUCAUACUCACCUGCAAUGCAGAAAGCGAAUUCGCUCAACAUUCUGUUCGUUCUCGUUGGUUAUAUCCUCAUGCACACGUCAUCCAUUCAUUUGUUCUUCUCAGCUCGUGCACUUGGUUCCUAACUUGAAGCUCAGCGUUGCAAUCUUGUCAUCAUCCAUCCUCGCGUUCACACUCGCUCUCCCCAUCUCACACUACCUUGAGAUUUCUUUAGAUCCAAUCAGUCUCACUGAAGCUCUGCUCUUCUUUGUGCACGUGGUUGGCUUCGAUAAGCCCCUCUGUCUUGUGGCCGCAGUGUUCAAUCACCCUCAUUUGUUAUCUCCCGUUAAAGAGGGCAGAUGGCAUGGUUAGAUGAGACCCGCCGGCGAGGUACUCAUGGAGGCCACCGAAAACAGCUGCAAUGCCAUCUUGCGCGAUUACGCACUCGAGAUACAGUCAAAGAAGGAUUUAGAUGACAUCACUUCUUCUACCGCUGCCAAUGGCCAUGCUUGCAGCGGUCAGGCAACACCAAACGGUGCGGUAAGAUCUGC